ACGCGCGCGCAUCGUAGCGCAUGGCAUCCUAUGAAGCUCAUCAGGGACAGCCGUCUGUUUCUGAGAGAAAUGUGUUGUACACUCCGUCCGACGAAACGUACCUCAUUGAUCACUUUAGUUGAGUAGUGAACGUGAAUGUGUAUUCCCGUUCCCUUGUUUUCUCGUGCCAUAUUAAGUUUUCAAAUAAAACAAAGUCGAGUUUAUUCGACUCGCAGAAAAACUCUAUCUAGUGAUGUAUUUGAGGAUAUACGCGAUCCUGUGUUUUGCAGUCCUGACGGGAUUCGCUGCCGCUAUACAGACCAAUCCUCAGCACAAUAGUGAUAUUGGCUUCAACGAUGAUGCAGGAAUCGAGGGAAGUGGGAAUGACGGUGAGGUGACCCAUGACUUGGAGUCCAGUGGGUCUGGUUUUGGGCCUGAUGAUGAAGACACGCCAAUAGAGCCACACAUAACUCCAAGAUUGAAGAACAACCCAGACACGAGAAAACCAAUCGACACAAUACCAACGAACACAUUGGAUACCCCUGAAGUCAGGAAUCCACCGCACGAGACCAACAUUAACAAGAACAAUAUCAAUAAUAAUGAUAAUAUAAAUCCUCCUGACGAAGAGACCGAAGUCAAGAGUAUGGACCCAAGAACGUCGUUCUUCGCCCAACCUGGCAUAUUGGCAGCCGUUAUUGGUGGAGCAGUUGUUGGACUGCUGUGUGCAAUUCUAGUGGUGAUGUUCAUCGUCUACAGGAUGCGCAAAAAAGAUGAAGGGUCCUAUUCUUUGGGCGAGCCAAAGCCAUCUCCGAACGCGAAUACUUACAACAGAGGUAAUGAGAAGGAGUUCUACGCCUGAAAAUAGUGUUAAAUGAAAUGGAUUUAACUUGAAGAUCUGAAGUGAAGUUAGACAGUUGGACGAGCUAAAUAGACUGAAUCUCUGCUUUUAGUGCUGCUUCGUUGUCAAAGUAUCUCGAGAUACGAAAAUUCAAAACGCACAUAUUGAAUAAUGAAAUCAGAUAAAUGUAGACGGAAUUUCGAGAAAAAUAUCAAUACCAACUUUUUUUCCCAUUAUUAUUAAUAACUAGUAAUUUUUAUAUUUAUAGAAGUUUGAAAGAUUCGGUCUAAAAUGAAAUGCCAAACUGCCAACAGUGUUGAGUGACAUAUUGUGCAAAAAUAAUAGUAAAUAAUCCAUGUUCGGAAUAAUUUAGUUCAUAGCCAACUCCGAAUUAUCCGGAGUCUGAGGUGUCCAACCUAAGUAUUCUUUCUACUAUAGCACUGACCAUUCACUAUGCAGCACAAGGUGUCAACUACCUUAUUCAGAACCAAAAUACUGCAUUGGAUUGAAGAAACUAUUUUUAAGUCGUAGGAUGGACUCCUUUAUAUGUGUACAUAUUUUGAUGUAUGAAACUGAAACAGCUAAAUGUUUUUCGUCCAUUUUUAAUCUUUGAGUAUAUAGUAUAAUAUUUUAUUACGUUUCGAUCAUUUCUUUUAUACCUUACUUCCCGACUGUAAUUGAUAUUUUCCAUACUAUAUACUCAAAAAAUACUUAAAGGUACCUAUUUAUGAUAAGUAAUAAAAUGAAAGUAAUAAUUGAAACAAUUGAGAAAGUCACUAGGAGCAAAAUUGUUUCGAAAUAGACACUUCCAUGAUCUUUUCGGGCGUUACAUUGGAUUCCCAGGGGAGAACAUUCACUCAUAUAUUCUAGUCUUUCUAAAGUAAUUUCAUUAUUUUUAUGCACUUUCAAGGUACCUUUGCACCUAAACUUGUGGAAAUUGGACAUUCCAAAGAAUUCUUCUAUUUGUUUAUUUUCAGGAGAACUCCAUUUUAUAACCUUUCAACAAAUUCACAUUGAUUUAUCGUCUACUUUUAAUUAUAUAACAAUAAUGAUGUGUUUUUAUCAAAUCUUUUUACAUUUUCAUAUUUUUAGGGUAAAUGUUUUCCCGAAGUAACGAACAGAUGCUCUUAAGACUAGUGAAGUCCUUGACUAUAAGCAGUCCUAGCUGACAUAUCUUAGUUUGUUGUAUAGAAAUGACAAUUGACCAAGUGAAUGUAGUUUGACAACUGUGUUGUCCCUAGCGUUAUUUUCGCCUUUUAUUAACGAAUCUUACCAAUCUUUCCACCAAUAUUUCGGGUUAAGAAACAAUACCGUUGAAAAGAUUGGCGAGACAGACUGUACAGAAUUGAUGCAAUUUGUAUUUCUUAUCAUUCCAGAAGGACAUGAAGAAACAAAGAAACGUAAAAACCAGACACGGAAAGCCUUCAAAUAUGAAUAUUAAGCGAUCAAGACGAAUUAGUCACUCGUCGACUUUUUCUAAAAGCAGCAUUCGUAAUGGACGACGAUGACACGUCGGUUGUGAAAUUUAGUAGCAACAGGUUUUUCAAAUCUGCGGGACCCGAUAUUUUUUAUGUACAUUUCACUUGUCGUAUGAACAUAUCGUCUCUUAUCAUCAUCAGUCGAUUGUCAUUUCCAUUUUGUAUUUAACUAAAAUUCCAGAUGCCAUAAUCAAGAAAAUUUGCAGAACGGCUUUGAGGUUGAUUCACAUUCCCUUCAAAUCGAUAUCAGUAAAACAUCAAGAUGGACCUUUUUUUUAAAUUUUCUUCACUAUGGAUUCGCCGCGUGUUGAACCGUUUUAAUCUGUAACUUUCCCGGAAUUUUAUUACUCUGCAGCUCGUACAGUAUGGAUAUAUGAAAGAUGGAGAGCAUUGCAUUUUUGAGCUUUGUUUUCUAUUACGUAAGUUAUAGUUAAUCAAAUAAUGGAUCAAUUAAUUUUCUUAUUUAUUUAACAUAUUUUUCUUUUAUUGGGACUAUUUUUGUUGUAUUUUAAAUUAUGAACAAAUAUAUACUUACCAUUCAAGUACCACUUUUUAUUAUGAAUGUAGUUCUUCUCAGACUCAAUUUGUAUAGUAUUAGAAUGUAAAAUCCGGUUGUAAAUAAAUAAACCCAAUAUAAUUGA